CCACCCCAUCCAUUCCCUAUAUCCCAGCAGCCCCCCAAGGACCCCGAUGCGGAUCCAGCACCCCAUAGGGCUCCAUCCGGAUGCUCGGUGCUGGAGACGGUGCUGAGGGUCCCGGGGAACCGGAGCUGCUGCGAAUGCCGGGAGCCGGAACCGGAUUGGGCCAGCGUGAAUUUGGGAAUCACCCUCUGCAUCCAAUGCUCCGGGAUACACAGGAGCCUGGGGGUUCACUUCUCCAAGGUGCGGUCCCUGACACUGGACUCAUGGGAGCCCGAACUGGUGAAGGUCAUGUGUGCGCUGGGGAACAACGCCUUGAACCGCAUCUACGAGGCCCGGGUGGAGGAGAUGGGGGUCAAGAGACCCCCCCCCGGCUGCUCCCGCGCCCAGCGCGAGGAUUGGAUCCGCGCCAAGUACGUGCACAAACGCUUCCUGGCGCGGCCAAUGGGGGCGCAGCUGAGGCCCCGCCCCCCGCGACCAGGCCCCGCCCCCGCCCCCCCCGAGGCUCCGCCCCCUCCCGGCCUGCACCCUGGGGCUCUCCUGUAUUGGGGGGCCCAACGUGGGGCCCUGCUCCCCAUGGCCGAGGCCUUGGCCUAUGGGGCAGAGCCCGGCUGGGUCAAUGGGGCCGAGGGGAACAGCACCCCCCUGCUGCAGGCGGUGGCGGCGAAUUCCCUGGUGGCCUCCGAGUUCCUGCUGCAGAAUGGGGCCAGCGUGAACCAAAGCGAUGGGGAGGGGGGGGCCCCCCUGCACCACGCGACCCGGAUGGGGCACACGGGCCUCGCCUGCCUCUUCCUGAAGCGCGGCGCUGACGUCACGGCCCUGGAUGGGGGGGGCAGGGACCCCCUGAGCAUCGCCCUGGAGAGGGGCAACGGCGACAUCGUCACCUUGCUCCCGGACAGCCUCCAUUCAUUACCAGCCGAGUCCCCUGAAUGGGAGCUGAGCCCCAUGGAACCCCCCCCGGCUCCCCCCCCGCCGCCCUGCCCGGUGGUACCGUCCACGGAGGACUAUGGCGGCGCCCAUGACUUCCGGUUGAGCUUCCGGGAGGCGGGGACGGCCAAGUCGGUCACGUGGACG